AUGAAACUCACCCUCCUCACCACCCUCCUCAGCCUAGCCUCAGGCUCCCUCGCAUGGUUUAACUGCGAGCUUGCCAAAGGAGGCGACUAUGGAGUCUGCUGGGCCAAUAACGGCGAUGAAGGGAAUUUCGCUUGCGUCUCGACAAAUCCGUGCAAUACUGCUGGUAAUGGGUGCACUCCGAUCGGGGCAGGACUUGCCAGUUGUUCGUAG